GGAGUGUCUCGUGGCGGCGGUGCACCGAGACAGACCGCUGAGAGAAACGAGCUUCCCCCUAACUCCUCUCACAGCGAGGACGGCUAACCGGAACCGCAGCCGCUCGGGAAAACACACAAAAAUAGGAUAUAAAAGUAAGGCUGGACCGUGGUAGUUUCCCCUCCGCCCACCUGAGCCGUGGAGGACACGUCGGCGUACUCAAAGUUUCCAGAAAAAAGCUGCACAAACCUGCUAGCUAACAGAAGGCUAAAAGGACACAUCUGUCGUGCCAGCGUCCUAUCGACCAUCCUCCACCUGCAGGAAACAUGAAUCACUCGGUGGCAAUGCAGAUGUCAUUGACACUCAGUUAAAUGUUACUUGAGCAGAUAUCGCUCGGCUGGCCGAAGAGGAAAAAGAAGAAAGGGACUGUUCAAGGUGCUGGAAGAUGUCUCUCUGGAUGAUACUGCCUGUUAGCCUCCCAGUCCUGACCAUCACUGGGAUAUGGGUUGUGUAUGCCAUGGCUCUGUACAACCAGCACGUCUGCCCCGUGGAUAAUUGGUUGUACAACCAGUCGUGUGAAGAGGAGCUGUAUUUGCAGAGCGGGCCAUCCUUGUGCUGCACGCUGGACAACGUACCUCUGAUCAGCAAAUGUGGGACUCUCCCCCCUGAGAGCUGCUUCUUCAGCCUUAUCUGCAGCACAGGCUCAUUCAUGGUUAUGGUGAUUGUGCUGCUCCGCUAUGCCCACGUUAUUGAGAAGCAUCAAAACUGUGUUCUCAACACGGCGAGUCUCUCCACAGGCUGGAUCUGUGCUGCUGGACUCAUCAUGGUGGGCAACUUUCAGGUUGAUAAUGCCAAAGUUCUCCACUAUGUCGGAGCAGGCAUCGCCUUUCCCACCAGUAUGCUGUUUGUGUGCCUGCAGUCAGCGCUGACCUACCGACUGGCCAAGACCCAGGGGGAGUACAGCUUGGCCCACCUCCGGCUCUGCAUGACCCUGCUGGCCUUCGUAGCCUUGGUGCUCAGUGGCGUGUUUUUCUGUCAGGAGAGCUUCGUCCUGCAGCACGCCUCUGCCAUCUUUGAAUGGGUGUUCUGCGUCAUCAUCAUGCUGUUUUACGGGACGUUUGCCUUUGAGUUUGCCAGCAUGUCAGGAGACACCAUGGUGGUUCUAGCUCGAGGUGGGACCCUGGGACCCGCUGGGAGAGAACACAAGGUGGACGCACUGGGAGCACUGGGGGCACUGGGAGGGCUUGGUCCGCACUCACAACCACAUGCACACCAACCUGAAAACAUGUCCAUCCUGUAGCCUCCUGGCACGUCUCGAUGCCACGCAGUUGCCUUGUUUAUUCCUUUCAAACUCUGGUUGCUGGAUGAGUUUAAUUAUUCAUUUCCAGCCACGUUCGCCUGAAGCUUUGAAACGAACCAGGCCAGUGAAGCAGCUGUUCAUGGCCGAGCGGGUGCAGAUCUGCCGCCACAGCGGAGAGCUCGGUUGGUGUUGUGCUCAUAUCAAGCUAAAGAACAUUGUUUGCAUUUUGCACAUUGCACAAACCAAAUUUUCUCCCGAAUCUGUCCUGUCGUCAGUGACCAGCAGGGAAGUAGUUGUCAAUCAGAUCAUUAUAAUGUGCUGCUCCCCUUGAGUUCCUGUAAACUAUCUCAAUAUGUGGCCUUGGACCGUGUCCUCUUUAGUGACUGAUGAUGGUUUCAGUGUAUGUAAAGAAGUGAAGGCUGCUGGACGGCCUAGCUGACAGUAUUACAGUAGUCAGACAGUGAGAAGGUGUUUAUGAGUGUUUCAGUGGGAGCAAGGUCAGACCUCAGGCUUGUUUUCCUGCCAGAGUUUGGAUGAAUGCAAUAAAUUCAGUGAAACGGUCUGUCACAUAGAAAGUAUAGAAAUGUUUUAGUCAGAACCAGGCAGCCGUCUAGAUUUUACAAUCAUUUGAAUCUCCUUUAAGCGAUAUUUGCGAUAUCAAAUAACUCUCUGAUUAUUAACACGUGAUUCUACAUAGGUUUCAGCUGCUUUUCUUAUCUGACCAUUUUAGUUAUUCAGUCUGCAUACUCGACUGCAUGUUACCUCCCGGUCAAAGAUGAGUGAAUGAUAAAGCCGAAGACCCAGAUAUGUGUCUCAGGAGUUGGUUGGCCAAAGCUGAAUGGAAAGUGAAUGUUGGGCUCAUGUUCUUCAGGUUGACAUUAGAAGAAUAAUGUGCUCUGCUGGUGUUCUGAUGGGUGUGUACGUAGGUGUUAGCUGUGGCAACUUAUUUUGGUUUGUUUUGUAGUUAAAAUCACCUUAAUGCAGCUUUAAAGUAUGCGUCAUUUAUGUUUAAAGGACAGCUCCAAAUAUGCAAGCCUAGUCCCUGGACACAGGGUCUUAUUCUGUCUGCUUUGGUUGAGGUUUCAUUGUUUUAAAGUCAUAAAUUCAAAUCAUAACUGCAUCUAGAAAUGAGUUUGUCUUUCCUUCUUACUGUUAGCUUGAUGAUAAACCUGAAAUAAUAUUGGAUUCAGUUUCCUCUCUGUAAAAGAAUAUGAAAGAGGGGUGACAGAGUGUCCAGAGGUCAAAUGCAUGCCAGCUAAUUCAAGCCAGAGCUCUGACUUUAUUGAGUUUAGUGACGAGGCAUCACACGUGCUUUCAGGUCCUCUAUGGAUGGAGGUCUGCAUCUUAUUAUGCCCCGUCAAGAAGGAGGAGAAUGUGCUCGUUGCUUUACCUGCUUGUUUUUCUUUAAAGCUCUGCGUAGUUGGAGUUUUUUUCAGCAUGUCAAGCUGGUGCAGUGGGAUAAAGGGAAAAGGUUUGUAAUGUAAGACUGAGAUGCACUGUCCUGACUCUGUGUUACUGUUUAAAAUGUGCCAAAUAUCAAUUUGCCUAUGGCAUCGGUGCUAAAACACAAAAAGGCCUUAUUCUGUCAUCUUCCACCUUUCUUAGUUGUGAUUAUGAAAGCAAUAAGGGGAGACAUAGUCAAUCAGUUACAGCCUGCAUAGAGAAGGUCCUUGUGAGUGCCAGAAAGACUAGUAUCUAGAGAAAUGCUCCCUGCUGAGAGAACACAGUUCAUAUUUUUAGGAAAUUGUUAACAUCUCAGUGUAAUAUUAACACAUUUUGAGGUCCGAGCUGAAAACCAGGUCAAACAGAAGGUUUACAACAGUCGUACUCUUGUUAGUUGGCCGUCAUUACGCCCUCAGACCAUAGCCGGCCACAUGUUGGGCAGAGGUUUGGUUAUAGUGCCAGUAAAAGUGGUUCAGUGGCAAACUUUUCACUCAAGUUUCACAAUCUUUUACUAAUGGACUGAAAUGUGGUAAUUCACCAUCAGGCUGAAUGUAUACGUUCAAAAAGACUGAACAGGAGAAGCUCAUGGACGCUGCAACGUGGAACGAGCUGGAAGGUUCGCCGCUUGAUCACUUGCUUCUCCCUACUGGUCGAACAGCUUAUUGCUUGAGUUUGUGUAAAAGUCAGAGCUGUGGUUUUGUAUCUCAGCUCACGGGACGUCUUGUUUUCUACUUGAAAAAAAACUCUACAUGUUUGUGUCCACAGCCAAGAAUAUUCAGUUGGCGACAGUUUUAAGGUCAAAUCUGCAGAUAUGGAGUUACUGUCAUAACAAGUAGGGAGGUCUCCUGUGAUGAUACACUACUUUUACAAUAUGCAUUCCUCUAACAAAUCACAGUGGAAAUUUGAUGCGUUUCGUGUGUUUAGCCAAAUGACGGUGCUGCUCAUGUUGCUCUAGCAAGAAACAUAUUGUCAUUUGACAUUUAUUAAAAGUGUUUAAUUUUACAUCAUUGAUGCCUGUUUCCGGUUAACGCUAAACAGUUUGACAUUUUGCAUUGCCUGCUACACAUCUUUCUCUUUAUUUUGUGCCACCAUCUCUACUUUCUGUCUUUUGUUCUUGUUUAUGGAUCUGUCUGAUCUUCGCUCUCAGGAAAAUGUUACAACACCAGCUACGUUGUUUGAUUCCGUUUGCUUCUGCCUUCUGAUGAUGAGGACUCGUGUCUAUUUGUUUUGUGUAGUAUAGGUGCAACUGCUUUUUCACAGUUAUAGGGCUGAUGGUUAGCCGUGGUGUAAUAGAACGUUUUUGUUAAUCAAAUAAAAGCUUAAAACAUAAGCAUUCUUGUAAUGUUAGCUUGUGAGAAUGCUUAUGCUGCUCACGCAAACGUGGUUAAAUAUCGGCAAGAAUAAAUGAGCUUCCUCGUGUAAUCAGUAGAUCACUGGUGAGAGCAUUCUGACAAACUAAACAGCUCUAGUAAACCUCACAGAAAUGUUAAUGUCACUCUCAGUCGGACAGCGAAAUGCUCCCUGUGCCUUAUGUAUUAUUUUGAUAAUGAAAACCAAAGAUGUCUUGGUUGCAAAUUCUAUUUUGAUGAAAAGUCAUGAUUGUAUACAUGUAUGCCUUAAUGUUCAAUAAAGAAAAACUGAAAAAAGCAAAUGUUUAAACGUAUUUGCACAAAUGACCAUGAGCGUGUUAUGAAUAAAGGCCAGAGAGUGGUUUAUAUCUUUA